UCUGUACAAUAGCUAUGAUGAUUACUGAGAAAGUGCUUCUCUUUAUAUCCCACAACAAUUCAUCUUUCUCUCUGUUGUAGCGGUGGAGAUGGCAGAGGAGGAGCAUCGGGAUCCUGUGGAGAUCCAUGAAACCGGGUCACAGAAUUUCGACCCGGUUAGUGUUUCUCAAGUGCCCGGGAUAAGGAGAGUGGGUUUGAGAGCUGAGAUCGAUACUUCUCCUCCGUUCGGUUCGGUUGAGGAGGAGGUGAUCCGGUUAGGUGGUCGUGGGUAUUGGGUUCCUUUCAAGCUCGAAGAUAACUACAAUGGAGUGGGAGAGUUUGACAUAAAGAGAAUGGAAGAGCAUGCAGCUGAGCUAGAGAAGGAUCUGAUAGUGAAAGAGCUAGAAACUCUAGACGUUCUAGAAGCACUAGGAUCCACCAAGAGGAUCGUCGAAGACUUGAAACGCCAGCUUCACCAAGAGUCCUUGAGAUCAUCAGCUGAGCAGAUCAAAGAGAUGAACAACGACGACCACAGCCCCAUCUCAUCAUCUCCCGAUCUAAUCUUGACGGAACUAAAGCAGGCGAAGAUAAACCUCGGUAAAACCAUGGACGAUCUCGUGAUGAUCCAGUCCUCCGUCGAGUCUCUGAACAAGAAAAUGAAAGAAGAGAAAGAGUUUCUUAACAAGCUUACGUACGAAACACCAACGGUUGAUGAAAAGGGUUUGAACAAUCAGAGCAAGAAGUGUCUGAGAACGGCGGAGAUGAGGCUCGUUGCUGCUAGGAAGAUGGAGGAAGCUGCUAGAGCUGCUGAGGAGCUUGCUAUGGCUGAAAUAACAAUGUUGUCAUCAUCAGCAGCCAACGGUGAAAGCGAGGAGGAGGAUGAGUUUUGCUUUCCGGAGCCUCCAAGAUCACCGUUUAGGACACCGAGAGGGUUUGGGAACGAUCACGAGUCGAGAAGAGGGAUGGUCUUGAAGAAGCUCGAGGAAGCUACGGAAGGGGUUAGAGAGGGGAAACAAGCUUUGGAAGAUGCGUUGAACCGAGUGGAGAUUGCUAACGAGAAGCAGCUCGCUGCUGAAACUGCCUUUCGAGGGUGGAGGAAACACUCGACACCACCGCCUCCUAUGAAUCAAACUCGCCGCUCUUUCUUCGGUCAUUUAAACAAGAGGCAUGAGCCAGCGGUGAAGUCUAACGUCUCGAUGCGUGAUGUUCUAAGGCGUAAGCAAGACGUUGUUGUUGUUGACCCCGAGAGGCAGAGUCUUGAAGGAGAGACACCGAGGCGGCAUGUGAAUUUGAGCCAGAUGUUGAAGGAACUGAAGCAGGAUGUGAAAGAGGAGGUGCGUGAAGAGAAACGGUUUGUGACGCAAAGGAGGAAGUUUGGGUUCAUUCACAUUACACUUCCUAUGCACAAGCAGAGUAAGAAAAAAUCCAGCCUAUAAUAAAACAACAUCUUCAAUUGUUUAUGUUUGGUUCUUAUGUCAUGUGUUUGUUUGUAAUUGGUUUUCAUUUGGUAUGAUGUGUUGUGAUUGGUGUU